UUUAAAUACAUUCAGACGGCCACACCAUUCUGAUAUAAGAAUAGUUCAGAAAGUCAAAAUGCAAAAAAUCCCACGAGACCGGCAGGAUGCUCUCGUUCUGUCGUCAAAUCUAAUCUUUGGAGUGUUCUGCAAUAAAUGAUGUGAUGAAAUUUAUCGUAUUAUUUGUCGCAUACUGUACCCUCAAGUAAAGAGCAAUUCAAAUUUCAGAGAGGAGUAGAUGGGCAUCUAGUUGUUUUCUGCUAUCAUGGAUCUAUCUAAUGACAGUGGUAGAAUUCUCCCCAAUAAAAAUUUUCUCCAUCCGCAGUUGUUGUCUGACAAAAAUAAUAUCCAUUCAGGUGGUAUGAAGUUCAGCACUCGGAUCUAAAGACUCGAAGGGAUGGGCGUCUCCAGCUGCCGGCAGUCUGGAAGAUGCCGAGGCAUUCUUUACCAAACAAAAAAGAAAGCCGAGUGAAGGUUAAUUUCCAUAGUCCCAGUGCUGGUUUCCUGAUUAGAGACCACAGUAGCAGGCUCCUACCGGCUGGGUCUCAGUCCUUUAUAGUUUCCUCGGUUCAUCUUGCUGAGCUUAGAGGGGCGUGGGAGGGCCUCCGUGCAGCUGUUCAUGUUUUGCAUUGUAUCGAGGUUGUUUUGGGAGAAGAUAGAUUUCUUAACCGUACUUGGUUUGCAAAUGGUGUCGGGAGUCGUCAACCACUUUGCUUCGAACCUAUUAGUCUUCAAGAUUCAGCAUAUAUUUCGAGAACUCAGCGGCUGACUGGCUGGCAACAAGGCAUGCUUCCAUGGACCUUGAGGCUUCCUCUCCUUGGCUCACGAGCUCGACCAGAUUCUCCAAUCUGAUGUGAUGGGCUGCUCCUGUUGGAGAUUUCUUAGGUUGCCCAGUCUCUCUGUACUGUUCUUUUCCUGGUUGCAUCUUAAAGCUAGCUUACCAAGAGAAAAAAAAAAAGAAAAAGCCGAGGAGGCACUGGUGGGGACUGGGGAGGGGAGGAGUCCUAUAUAGAGGGUCCCCUGGCUCUGCUCGGAUCGCAUCGGGUGUUUUCUUGGGUCAGUUGGAUCCAUUGAGACCCUCGUCCGCCUCUCAUCUGGGAUUUGUUGCCCCUUUCGUUGGUGGGUUUUACGGGAGGUGUCACUGGGUCUUAUUUGAGGGGAUUUUUCGGAUUGAUUUAUUUUUUAUAUAAAAGAAGAAAAAAACAAAACAAUUGGAGGAGAAGAUGACGGUAGGGGCGGGGAUAUCGAUUGCGGAUGGUAAUUUGAUGGUUCUGGGCACCGAGAUCUUGUCGGAUGUUCAUGGAAACGUCUUCUUGACGCCGGCAUGCAGGAACGGGAUGAUGAAUGGGGCUUUCAUCGGCAUCAGAUCCGAUCGCGCGGGGAGUCGCAAUGUCUUCCCUGUCGGAAAGCUUCAGGAUUUACGGUUCAUGUGUACAUUCCGGUUCAAGCUGUGGUGGAUGACUCAGAGGAUGGGUUCGUUCGGCCGUGACAUCCCCUUCGAGACCCAGUUCCUGAUCGUCGAGGGAAGCGAUGGAUCUCACUUUGGGGAGGGAGGUGAAGAUGGGGUGGGGCAAUCUGCUGUCUACACUGUCUUCUUGCCAAUCCUUGAGGGAGCCUUCCGAGCAGUUCUUCAGGGGAACGCAAAUGAUGAGCUAGAAAUUUGUUUGGAGAGUGGUGAUCCAGCUGUUGUUGCAUUUGAAGGAACCCAUUUAGUUUUUGUCGGAGCUGGAUCGGACCCAUUUGAGGUCAUUAAAGAUGCAGUAAAGACCAUUGAGAGUCACUUACAGACUUUCUCUCACCGCGAAACGAAGAAAAUGCCUGAUAUGUUAAACUGGUUUGGCUGGUGCACAUGGGAUGCCUUUUAUACUAAUGUGACUGCUGAGGGGCUUAAACAGGGACUAGAAAGCUUAGAGAAAGGUGGAAUUCCUCCAAAAUUUGUUAUAAUUGAUGAUGGCUGGCAGUCUGUAGAUAUGGAUCCUACUGGUAUUGCUUCCAUAGCAGAUAAUGCGGCAAACUUUGCAAACAGGCUAACCCAUAUUAAGGAAAACCACAAAUUCCGAAAAAAUGGCAAAGAGGGUCACCAAGAUGAAGAUCCUGCAAAUGGAUUUGCUCACAUUGUCACUGAAAUCAAGGAAAAACAUGACCUACAAUAUGUAUAUGUCUGGCAUGCAAUCACCGGGUACUGGGGUGGUGUAAAGCCAGGCGUUACUGGAAUGGAACAUUAUGAGUCAAAGAUGCAAUACCCUAUUUUAUCACCAGGGGUUCAGUCAAAUGAACUAUGUGAUUGUUUGAACAGCAUAACAACCAAUGGCCUUGGCCUCGUGAACCCAGAGAAAGUGUAUAGUUUCUACAAUGAACUCCACUCAUAUCUUGCAUCUGCUGGAAUUGAUGGUGUCAAAGUAGAUGAGCAGAACAUUCUGGAAACCCUUGGUGCCGGCCAUGGUGGUAGAGUACAGCUUGCUAGAAAGUACCACCAAGCUUUGGAGGCUUCAAUUGCCAGGAACUUCCCAGACAAUGGAAUUAUAUCUUGCAUGAGUCACAAUACUGACAACUUGUACAGCUCAAAGAGGACUGCUGUUAUGAGGGCCUCUGAUGAUUUCUUUCCAGGAGAUCCAGCAUCCCACACAAUUCAUAUAGCAUCUGUUGCAUAUAAUACUGUUUUUCUUGGAGAAUUUAUGCAACCUGAUUGGGAUAUGUUCCAUAGCCUCCACCCAAUGGCUGAAUAUCAUGGGGCGGCACGUGCAGUUGGUGGUUGUGCCAUAUAUGUCAGUGACAAACCAGGUAAACAUGGCUUCAAUUUGUUGAAGAAGCUUGUGCUUCCUGAUGGAUCUAUCUUGAGAGCCAAACUCCCUGGCAGACCCACAAGAGAUUGCUUGUUCUCAGAUCCUACGAGGGAUGGUAAGAGUCUUCUGAAGAUAUGGAAUAUGAAUGACUACUCUGGAGUAAUUGGGGUGUUCAAUUGUCAAGGAGCUGGCUGGUGCAAAAUUGGAAAGAGAAUCUUGAUUCAUGAUGAACAACCUGGCACAACCACUGGAGUUAUCCGAUCCAAGGAUGUAGAUUAUCUUCCAAGGGUUGCUGAUGAUGGUUGGAAUGGUGAUGCCAUUAUAUAUUCUCAUUCAGGAGGAGAGGUAACUUACCUACCAAAGAAUACAUCUAUACCUGUGACACUGAAAGCCCGUGAGUAUGAAAUCUUCACAGUUGUUCCAGUCAAGGAAUUGUCCAAUGGAGCCUCUUUUGCUCCCAUUGGACUGAUCAAGAUGUUCAAUUCUGGUGGAGCCGUCAAGGAGCUAAGAUAUGAAUCCAUGAAGAGUGCAACAAUAGAAGCCAGGGUACGUGGUUCUGGCAUGUUUGGGGCGUACUCAUCAAUCAGGCCCAAGAGAAUAACAGUUGAUUCAGAUGCAAUAGAGUUCACCUAUGAUGAGGGGUGUGGUUUGGUUACAUUCGGUUUGGGGAUUCCACAGCGAGAAUUAUACCUGUGGAAUAUAACUGUAGAGCUAUAAAUGAUUGGAGUUCAUGAUGUCAAUCCACUGCAAGAUUUAAUGAUUUCACUGCAUUGUGAAAAACAUGUUGCAAUGCCAUUUGAGUGCCUUGCUAAAUGUUGUUGCAAGGUUUCAUGGUAUGGUUGAACAGAAGCUCUAUGAAAUGUAGACUUCAUAUGUGAAGUGAAGGGAUUUACUUUAUUGGCGAAGUUUGAAUCUUCUGUUCUACC